GAUUUGACAACGGUGCGAAAAGAAGAAAUUUUAGCCUGCAGUUGAUUUCUAGCUCGAGUGCAUCCACUAGUGGUUCAGUUACCGUCGUAUUUUCAAUUCUAUUUGUGCAGAUCGCCACUUGAAAUCAAAGAAAAAUGGGCAAUGAAAGUUCUCUUCCUAUGGAGAUGUGCUCAAACUUUGAUGCCGAUGAGAUUCGAAGACUGGGGAAGCGCUUUAGGAAGUUAGAUCUUGACAACUCUGGUUCCCUCAGUGUGGAUGAGUUUAUGUCUCUCCCUGAACUUCAACAAAAUCCACUAGUUCAACGAGUAAUUGAUAUAUUCGAUCAAGAUGGAAAUGGAGAAGUAGACUUUAAAGAAUUCAUUCAAGGUGUCUCACAAUUCAGUGUAAAAGGUGAUAAAGAAUCAAAGCUGCGCUUUGCUUUUCGUAUAUAUGAUAUGGACAAUGAUGGAGCCAUUUCUAACGGUGAACUCUUUCAAGUGUUAAAAAUGAUGGUGGGCAACAAUUUGAAGGAUACCCAGUUGCAGCAGAUAGUUGAUAAAACUAUUCUCUUCGCCGACAAGGACGAAGAUGGAAAAAUCUCUUUCGAAGAAUUUUGUGCUGUGGUUGGAAACACAGACGUGCACAAAAAGAUGGUCGUUGACGUAUAGAUGAAACUGAGGCCCAUCGGUAUUUUUCGUGCGUGGCAAAUGUUGCACCGAGAGUUUUCCGUGGUUCAGCAAGAAAAUUUUUUAUUGCGUGUCAUAUCUCGUCUUCGUGUUGCAUGAGAUAACUUUGAUUGGGUUGUUCAUUUUUGCCCACUAGUUCUAGCAGACGGAUCGCCCGGAAUUAUUAUCAUCAUAAUUUUUUUUGAAUUGCUAUUAUUAUUGUAAGCGGCCAUCGUCUGCGGGUGGUUUCCCGGAAAGAAACCACUCUAUUUUUGAGCGCGCGUCUGGUCCCCUAGGUUGUGUCUAGAGCGAGUUUUGACUUUAUCAUUUAAGUAAUGUUUGCCUGCAUUUGCUGUACUUCCUUUUUCUGUUGUGUAUUUCAAAUUGAAAUUUAUAAUUAUUUUUCCUGAUCACCAUGAAACCAGUUGAUCCUUUCCUAUCUUCACGCCCGCUUUGACCUGGUUGGCUUUUUUGAGUGUUAUAAAAAAAAAAAUAGUCGGUGUAUGGAAUUUUCUAUCCCGUCCUUCAUGACUUCAAAUUUUUCUUUUUCAAAAUAAAGAUUUUUUUUUAACCUGACCCUUCUCCUUUAUAUUCAACUCUUUACCUCUCCUUUUUUCAAGUUGAACUAAAAUACACUUUGAUCUUCUUGCAGAAGAAA